UUUCCAUCGUUCUUGGUUAUUUCCUCUGCCAUAGCAUCGCGGGCCAUUUAUUUGGUCGGUGGGAGCUUCUACUUGUAGUUUUCUAUUUGAAAUCCCGUGCUCAAUCUUCGGUCCUCAGAGAAAGCCAUGCUCUUCGUUUUGCGCUGACCUUUGUUCGGGAUAUCGAGAACCUUUGCGCUCCGCGCCGACUUCAAUCGCCUCAACGCCGUCUCAUCAGCCACAGCCUCACCCAUUUCUUCUUCCCUGGAAACACCUUUCGGGCUUCAACAUGGAUCUUGCGAAUACCCUCAUUCGGAGUGUGGUCCGUGCAUUCUACGAGACCCGCCACAUUCUCGUGGUUGAUGCGCUUUUCAUUCAUUCGGUUCUCCAUGCCGAGGACCUCGCCUUUCUCCUAGGAAUGCAACAGAAAGAUCUCCGGAAACUAUGCGCCAAAUUGCGUGAGGACCGCCUAAUCUCAGUUAAUACACGAGCAGAGAUCCGAGAUGGUUCGACUCGCCCCGUUAACCGGGAGUACUACUACAUCCCGCUACACCCCGUCGUUGACGCGAUAAAGUACAAGGUCUCGAAGUUAACCUCGACGAUUAAAGCACAGUAUACGCCCAGCGAAGACCGGAAGGAGUAUAUCUGCAUGAGGUGUGGAUCGGAGUGGACGGAACUUGAUGUGCUGAGUUUGUACUCCGAGGAAGGAUUCGAAUGCCAGAAUUGCGGGGCUAUCCUUGAGCGGACGGAAGAUGUCAAGGGGGCCGAAGGGAUUGACCGUACAGGUCACGAAAAGAACAGCAAGCUCAUGCAUCAACUUGACAAGAUGCUUAAGUUGCUGAAGCAAAUUGAUUCCGUUGAAAUCCCGCCGAACGAUUUCGAUACCGCCUGGGAUCAUAAAAUCGAUGUUGUGCGAAACCAGUCCACUCAUCCGACAAGAGCUGCGGUUGUGGUGCCUUCAAAGAAGCAGGAGGCCGUUCGCGGUAAUACCAAGACUGAUGCCGCUGCUCUUGAGAUCUCCCUUACAUCUAGCGCUGAAAAGAGCGCCGCCGAACAAGCGGAGGAGGCCGCACGCAAGGCUGCUGUGGAGAAGCAAAAUGCGCUCCCGGUUUGGCAUACGCAUUCGACGGUAUCUACAGGCGCUGGAAAUCUUUCCACUGUGAAGUCGGAAACGGAUGGGGACGUGAAGCCGGAGAUCAAGGAAGAAGAUCGCAAGCCGGAUCUCGACGCCCUCGAUGACAAAGUCGCAGCUUACUAUGCCGAAAUGGAAAGGGAGAAGGCCCUUCAGGCGCAGGAGGAUUCCAGCAGUGCAGAAGACGACUCCGACGAAUUCGACGAAGAAUUCGAAGACGUUGGCGGUGUCUCUGCGAGCGAUACUGCAUCACCGGCCGUUGGCGGUGUUGGUCCUGGUCCUACCAGUGCACCUACGAUCACCCCAUCCACGGGCAUAAAGCGCGAGCUCGACACAUAUUCCGGUACAAGUCCUCACACAACUUCAGCAACACCAUCCACUGGUGUCGAUGAGGGUCCGGCAGCGAAGAAGGUCAAAGUCGAACCAGAAGUGAAGAAAGAGGAGUCUGAUGAAGACGAUGAUGAGGAAUUCGAAGAUGUUUGAAUGGAUCCAAUUAAGGGCUAGCUACUCUAUGGUCUACUUCAACCCGUAUUGGCGCAGGCGCCCGGGGGAGACGUACUCUGCUAAAGAACUAACAUCGUCAAUAAUAACAAAAGGAGCAUGUGGUAUUUCAUAGGACAAACUUUACAAGGGGCACAUGAAUAGACGGAGGGUUUCGUUUAUAUUUCUUUAUGACUAUCCAUUUAACUUACUGGGUUUCAGAAAGCUCCAUUACCAGUCAAUGCAUCGAUUUGUAUAAUGUGAAGCCUUAAAAGUGAAAAGAGAAUGACUGAAAUUUUGAAUUUUCAGAGUAUCAUUAUUUGAA